ACCUCACCACCGCUGCCCUCACCUCCAUGGGUCUUAUAGCCUUUUAUGCCUACUAUCCCAUGUCUUUGGUCCUCGACCACUGUGAGAAGUCCGGCCGCUUCUGCGAACUCGCUGCCGACGUCUUAGCCAUCUCCAAGAAGACGCCACGGAGGGACUACUCUUUAGAGCCUUCCGAGAAUGGCAUACUACCUGAAAUACAGGCUCCACCAGCAACAAGGAAGAUGCUAAAAGGCCUAAUCUCCAGAUAUUGGGUGUUUGGCAACAAAUCCAAUGCGAACAUCCUCAAAAGCCUCAUAUCGGAUGAGGGAUGUGAACAAGGGUGUGUUCUCUACAAGGAACUUGAUCCUGAGGAUUAUUCUUCGGUCUCUAUACGUGAUCUUGUGUGGCUUCUUUGCUGCGAUGCUGCCUUUUUUCCGAGACAUAAACGCUGUGGUUCGACUUCAUGCUCCCGAUGCUCCUCUACAAGCCAACGAGAUCAUCGGCUGCGUUCACAUGUGUGGGGGAAUUCUCAUCUGUGGAGGAAACUAGUUGGAGAUGUUGCUGGGUUCAAGCUUUUUAGCAGCGAUGUUGUUGAUUGAAUUGAUGACUAUAGCUCAAAACCCUCCAAAAAGAUGUGUAUGCCGCUUUAAUAGCCUCAAGCACACAGUAUACUUUAGUAAAUGACAAAAGAA